AUGGAUAAUCAUAUGACAAGGAUCUUGAAGCUUAUCAAGAAUGAAGAUCGAGGGAGAAAAGGUAGGAAGCGUAAGGACCCAAAAAAGGAGUCAGAACUUGUCGGACUCAUUGAGGACUUUUACACACAGUACCAAUCACUCUAUGCCAUGUUUGAUCAUCUGAGAAGAGAGUCAGGUAACGUUGGUCGUGGCCGAAAUGAAAAUGAAGUUUCUUUCUCCAAUUCAAGCUCAGACUCGGAAUAUUUUUCCUCAGAGGAAUUUGACAGCAGCAAUGGCAGAGUAGAAAAUGAGCAUAAGGAGGAGCCGGAGAGAAUUAGAAAAGAACUUGAAACAGCUGAAUUCGAAAUUACUGAUCUGAAGCAUAAAUUGGCCUCUACAAGUCAAGAAAAGGAAGCAUUAAAUUCAGACUAUAUGGCCGCCUUUAGCAAGAUUCAAGAAGCUGAAAUUAUCAACAAAAAUGAGAGGAUUGAAGCGGAUAAGAGAGAAAAGGAACUUUUGGCUAUUAUAAAGGCACGUGAAAUUCAUGGGAAUCAAGCCUCAGCUCGGAUAAAGGAUUUAAAGAGCCAGUUAACUGGCUUGAAAGUUGAAGUGAAAUCCUUGUGUGGCCAGAAAAGAGAUAUGGAAGCACAGAUUGAAAGCAAAGCAACUGAAGCUAAACAAGAAAAGGAGAAAAAUACUGGGCUGCAUGCCUGGAUUUCAGAACUUGAAUUGUCAUUAAAAGAAAAAGACUACAAAGUAUCUAGUCUCCAGGAGAAACUCAAAGAUAAUGAGGAAUAUUCAAUGUCUAAAAUUGCUGACAUAAUGGCUCAGGCUAGCAAUUUGCGACAGGAAGCAAAUUCUUUUCAUGCUCAAAAAGCUGAACUGGAAGAAAAGAAUCAAAAAAUGGUAUGCGAAAGAAAUGGAGCAUUGGCUCAAGUCAAGGGCUUAAUGGAUCAGGUCACUGCAAUGCAGAUGGAAUUGGAGACCCUACACAACCAGAAAUCUGAAUCAGAUCAGCAAAUGGAGAAAGAAAACAAAGAAACAUCCAAAUACCCGGUCGUUAUUGAAACCCUGAAAGAUGAAUUAGCAAAAAUGAGCAUGGCUGAAAAGAGAACGAUGGAUGAGAAAGAAGGUUUUCGCAUACAGGUGAAGGACUUGGAACUGGAAGUGGAGUCUCUACAGAACCAGAAAAACGAAUUGGAAGAGCUUAUAAAGAGUAAAGUUUGCGAGACAAAUCAGUUGGAGGAGGAUAAGGAGGGGCUGCAUGCUAGAAAUCUUGAACUAGAGAGAGCAUUGACAGAGAAGGAGGAUAAGCUUUCUGCUCUUCAAAAGAAAUAUGAAAUUAAAGAGAACGAAGCUUCUACUCAAGUUAUGAACUUAGCACAGGUUAAUAUGCUACAAGAUUCGGAUUCCUUGUUGAACAAGAAAAGCCAGUUGGAGCCACAAAUUGAGAGAGAGAAACAAGGAUCAUCCAAAAGGCCAAGUCAAGUAAGUCAAAACAUCAAGUUGAAAAGAAAGAUUGCAGAUGGGCAAAGAAUUGUGAAGAAUAGCACUAUAAACAAGACUAAUGGAGAGCAUAGAAAAGCUAAAUUUUGGUUGCAAAAAAACAGGUUAUUUCUACAAGCUGCAGAAAGGAAGAUGGAAGAAUUGGCAGAAGCGUUCUGCAAGAAUCUUGAUGAUAAAAUCCAUCUCUUGUACCAAAGAGUCCUGGUCAUUGAACGCUUACACACUGAAAACAAAGAUAGCUACAGGAUGACACAAAAUAGAUAUGAACAAGAAAUUGGAAUGCUUGAAGAAAAGGUGGCAACAUAUGAAGCUGAGCUAAGGAAAAUGAGUCAUACAUUGGAAACAACAAACAAUGCAUUGUGUGGAGCAGAACAGGUCAGGAAGAUUGAGGAGAAUAACAGCAAUGUUGUUAGUCGUAUUACCAACAUGUUGAAUGAGCUUCAGUUUGCAAAGGACUGGGUCACAGUAACAAACAAUGAAAUCAAAAGACUAAAGCAUAAUGAAAGUUGUUUGGCUGCUCAACUUGAGAACAAGGAGGAACAAGAAUUUAUAUUAAGAGAGAGGGUUUGGAAAUUGGAAGCACAGUUGAGCAAGGAAGGAGGGGAAAAGCUAAAUUUGAUGACAGCCAUAAGCCAACUUGAAAAGAAGGUGGGAAAAUUGGAGAAGAACAUUAAAGAGAAAGAUGAGGAGUUGAUUAGUCUUGGGGAGGAGAAGAGGGAGGCCAUUAGGCAGCUAUGUUUGUUAAUUGAUUAUCACCGCAGCCGCUAUGAUGAUCUUAAGGAACUGAUGCAACAAUGA